AUGCCGGCUGGCGACACUGACCCGCUGGUGGCAGGCUGGCCGCUCCGCCUGCCCGAGGCUGUCCUGCUGAUGUGGGUCCUCUUGUCUCCAGACCGUGGCCGCUGGGCCGUCUGGCUGGUGCCCGUGGGAGCAUGCCUCUCUGGGACUCUCCUCCCUGGGCAGAAAGCAGGCUACAGACGGAUGAAGAAAAUGAUGCUGGAGUCUCAUCCUUGGAAACCAGCACACUGCUGGCCGCCACCGUGCUGGGCCGAGGGUCCCCAUGCUGUCACUUUUAAGGCAGGAGCCCUGGAGGUGGCUACUUGCAUGUUUAAGGCCCCGGAUGCCACCAACUUCACUAAGAUGCAGAACAUGAACUUUGAGAGUGGCAUGGCAGAGAACUGGGGAAUGGGGAACCGGAGUCCUGCCGCCUCCUGGGCCCUUCUCCUGGCCACACUGGGCUCCUCGGCUGGCUUGCCUGUAGGGGUUGAGCCCAGCUGUACUGCCCAGCACCUGGCUAGAUACAGCAUCACCUUCACGGGGCAAUGGAGCCAGGUGGCCUUUCCCAAGCAGUACCCCCUCUUCCGUCCCCCUGCACAGUGGUCCUCACUGCUGGGGGCCACGCAUAGCUCCGACUACAGCAUGUGGAAGAAGGAUGAAUAUGUCAGUAAUGGGCUGCGAGAAUUCGCCGAGAGCGGCGAGGCCUGGGCCUUGAUGCAGGAGAUCGAGGCGGCAGGCGAGAAGAUCCAGAGCGUGCACGGGGUCUUCUCGGCCCCGGCCGUCCCCACUGGCACGGGGCAGACCUCCACAGAGUUGGAGGCACACUCCAGACACUCUCUGGUCUCCUUUGUGGUGCGCAUCGUGCCCAGCCCCGACUGGUUUGUGGGCGUGGACAGUCUGGACCUGUGUGCCGGUGGCCACUGGAAGGACCAAGUCUCCGUGGACCUGUUUCCCUACGAUGCCGGCACAGACAGUGGCUUCACUUUCUCCUCUCCCAACUAUGCCACCAUCCCACAGGGGACGGUGACUGAGAUUACGUCCUCCUCCCCAAGUCACCCGGCAAAUUCCUUCUACUACCCUCGACUAAAGUCCCUGCCCCCGAUCGCCAGAGUGAACUUUGUGAGGCUCCGACACAACCCUAGGGCCUUUGUGCCGCCCACCCCGGGCCUGGCCCUGACCGGCAGGGACAACGAGAUCCUGGAUACCCUCUCAGCCCCAGAAACGCCGCUGGAUUGCGAGGUGUCGCUGUGGUCGUCAUGGGGGCUGUGCGCAGGGAGCUGUGGGAAGCUGGGAGCCAAGAGCAGAACUCGCUAUGUCCGCAUGCAGCCCGCCAACAACGGGACCCCCUGUCCCGAGCUGGAGGAGGAGGACGAGUGCACCCCAGACAACUGUGUCUAA